AUGGUCGUGGUGGUCGCUCACUUGCUUGCAGGUGAGACUGCGCCUAGCGUCCACUUGCUGACACUCAACUCUCACCUGUGGCUCCUCGUAGCUGGACUCUGCUCAGCGGCCACACCCGGGCAACCGUCUCCACCGGCGGGCUAAACCAGGUGAGGGGGCCCUGUGUGAUGUGCCGUGUGCACAGGGUUUGCGGAUUCCGCUGGAUGGAAGGUCGAAUGGAACCUUGCGUCGGCAUCGUCGUGACGUGGUUCGUCUCUGCACGCCGCUGGACAGCCGGUGACGGGAUGGAUCUCCACAUCGACAUUGCCUUGACGCGUCCACCUACGCCGUCGGAGACCGCGGCUUAUGGCGAAUUCGAGUCGCUUUCCACUACAACCCGAAGUCGUGGUCCCAUAGUGGAGUUCGGCCGUGCCACAACGGCACAUGGCAGCCCUAUUCGGGGAUGGCACUGCCAGCCCCCACGAGGGGAAGGGCCUAGAAAAGGUGGCCUUAACAUUGCUGAGUACCACGCCGUCUCCAGGCUAGCCAGGGCCGCAGACGUCUAAUCAUGGACGAAACAAUCAAAAUCGAAACAACAACAAUAGUAAUAACAACCAUACUCAUUCUCCUCAUCCUACCUCUUCUUCCUCUUCCUCUGCCCAUUCUUCUCCUUCGUCACCUUCUUCUCCAUCUCCUUCCCGUCGCCCCACUCGUUGUCACCAGACUGGCAGGGUGAGCCCGCUCACUCUGGCAGCCUGGAAUGUUCGUUCCCUUUUAGACAAUCCGAGGAGCAACCGACCGGAACGGAGGACGGCGCUAGUGGCACGAGAACUGGCGCGCUACAAGGUGGACAUCGCCGCACUCAGCGAGACCCGAUUCUCCGAACAAGGCCAACUGGAGGAGGUGGGUGCCAACUACAUCUUCUUCGGGAGUGGUCGACCCAGGGCAGAGCGACGAGACGCAGGCGUCGCCUUCGCCAUUCGGAACGACAUCGUGGGACGACUGCCCUGUCUGCCGCAGGGAAUCAACAAUCGCCUGAUGAGCCUCCGCCUGCCUCUAUGGGGAGGCAAAUUCGCCACCAUCAUCAGCGCCUACACUCCGACGAUGACCAACCCCGACGCCGUCAGAGACAAAUUCUACGAGGACCUGCACGCCCUCUUGGCGACUGUGUCGAAGGCGGACAAGUUGAUUGUCCUUGGUGACUUCAACGCCCGCGUCGGCACAGACCAUACUGCCUGGAGAGGAGUGCUGGGUUCCCACGGUCUCCGCGGCUCAAACGACAAUGGUCUGCUGCUUCUCCGCACCUGCACAGAACACCGCCUCAUCCUGACGAACACGUUCUUCUGUCUGCCGGAGCGACAGAAGGCCACUUGGAGGCAUCCUCAGUCGCGCCAGUGGCACCUGCUGGAAUAUGUCCUCGUCCGGAGGCGAGAUCAGCGGGACGUGCUGGUGACGAAGGCGAUCGCGGGUGCUGACGGGUGGACCGACCAUCGCCUCGUCAUCUCGAAGAUGCGUAUUCGCCUACAGCCUCGCAGGAGACCACAAGGUAAGCGACCCCCAGGUAAGCUGAAUGUUGCUUUGUUGUCUUUGCCCGCUCAUCAUCUUCCUUUCAGCAAUGAGCUAGCUCAACGGCUAGACAACCUCCCCAUCGCCGAUGCUGCCGCUGCCGAGAACGCCUCCGUGGAGAACCGCUGGUGUCAACUGCGAGACACGGUCCAGUCGACGGCGCUCGCCGUCCUCGGUCGCGCUCCCCGCUAA